CACGUUUCGUCGGCUUUCUCGCAAACCCCGCCCGCCAGAAAACCAAAAGCUUCGCUGGCCGCGCUAAGAAAGGCUAGCAAGCUGGCAGGGUUACUUUCCUAUCCCGGCAAAAGCAAACUCAGAGAGCAGAACCAGCAGCAGCUUGCUUGUUGGGUCUCGUGAGCAGGGACCAGAGUAGGAUCGACAACGGGAAUGCGCAAUUCUCCGCCCAGCAGUGCUGCUUGGAGGCCUUUCUGUGAUUCGCUCGACGUCUUGGCUCGCGGUCAUCGGUGAAAGUUUGCCAAGAACGUAGCGGCACGACGACGGAACGCUCGUGGUCUGGGGGAAUGAGACACUGACGACCAACCCUAAUCUGCGAACCCCCCGUGUAUAAAUACCAUUGGGUCCAGGAUUCCAUUGUGCGAAAAGCUACAGGCAUAUUUUUGCGAGGCAUGCUCUAUUCUUUACACCUACAGCUGGCUUGAGGUUUUUAUCAUCGCAUUUUAUUACGCAUAUAUACAUACACAGUAGAGACUCUUCGACUAGACGCUACACUACAGCUACACUACCAAACAUCAACAUGCGCAGUCUUGCCCCUGUGUUGGCUGGGCUCGCCCUGUUGCUGCAGCCUUUACAAGCUGCCUCCAUUGACAGGAGAGCCCCUACGCCAUACAAGGUCCAGAAGCCGCCGCUGGAUACGGACUGGACUUACAAGGUCGGCACGAAUCCAUGGCCUGAGCAUCCGCGCCCCCAGCUGCACCGCGACGAGUGGCAGAGCUUGAACGGCGUCUGGACGUACCAGGGCGCAGACAACACUGCCCAGACUCCUGACAGGUUUAACAGCCUGCUUGGCCGCGAAGUCAUGGUACCCUCGUGCAUUGAGAGCGGUCUCUCUGGCAUUCAGGAUCUAGGCGUCACCAACCUGUGGUACGCGCGCUACUUCAAGGUUGACGACUCGUGGAAGAACAAGAAGAUUCUCAUGAACUUUGAGGCUGUCGACUACGAGGCCACCGUCUACGUCAAUGGCAACAAAGUCGGCUCCCACACCGGUGGCUACUUUCGAUUCACCCUCGACGUCACCAAGGCAAUCAAAUUCGGUCAAGACAAUCACCUCUUUGUCGAGGUCCACGAUCCCACCGACAACCAAGUCAUUCCCGUUGGCAAGCAGACUCGCAACCCAAGCCACAUCUUCUACCGAUCCUGCUCUGGCAUCUGGCAAUCUGUCUGGAUGGAGACGGUAGCCGACGACUACAUUACCCAGCUCGACAUUGCGGCUGGUGCUGACGGUGUUUUGAAAAUGACUGCCCACUCUGCUAGCAAGAAGGGCUCAAAUGUCCGCCUGGAUGUCAUUGACGACAACGGCGAUUCUAUUGCCAGCCUCUCUGGUGCUGCAGACAAGGAACUUUCCGUCAAGGUUGCCGCUCCCAAGCUCUGGUCCCCUGAAAGCCCGACCCUCUACAACCUCACUGUCAAGAUGGGUGACGAUGUCGUCAACAGCUACACCGGUUUCCGCACCAUCUCGACCGGUAUUGUCAAUGGAGUUCAGCGCCCUCUGCUAAAUGGCAAAUUCAACUUUCUCUUUGGAACCCUGGAUCAGGGUUACUGGCCAGACGGUCUCCAUCUCCCUCCCAACCGGGAAGCCAUGGUUUACGAUCUCAAGAUGCUCAAGAGCCUUGGCUUCAACAUGCUUCGCAAACACAUCAAGGUAGAGCCCGAUCUGUUCUACCGCGCCUGUGACGAAAUGGGCAUCAUGCUGCUGCAAGACAUGCCCAGCUUGCCCUCCAACUCCCAGCCCAACCCUGCAGAGCAGGCCGAGUUCCAGCGCCAGCUCGAAAUCCUCAUCAACGAGCACAAGAGCUACCCAUCCAUCGUAACUUGGGUCAUCUACAACGAAGGCUGGGGCCAGCUCCGCGACAAGCCAUACCCUGAAGGCAAACUGACCGACCUGGUCCGCUCCAUCGACCCGUCUCGUCUCAUCAACUCUGUCACCGGCUGGUUCGAUCACGGCUUUGGAGACUACUCUGACAACCACCACUACGCAAACCCCCAGUGUGGCACACCAUUCUACUCUCUACUCUCCAGGCCAUACGACCCAAAGCGCAUCGGUUUCCAAGGCGAAUUUGCCGGUAUUGGCCACAAUGUCACCAUUGAUCACCUCUGGAAUGUUCAGCAAGCCAUCGACCAAAUCGAUCAAACAUACGAGCUCAACGCCGACCUCCCCACCUACAACUACCGUGCUGGUGUCCUGUUCCGCGAGCUUCGCGAACAAGUUGAGCGCUAUGCCUGUUCGGGUGCUGUCUGGACACAGACUACUGACGUUGAAGGCGAGGUAAAUGGUCUCCUCACCUAUGAUCGCCGCCUGCUUCGACCCGACGAGAAGCAGUGGAAGGAUGAUAUCCAGUCUCUGUACGAUGCCGCCAAUGGCCGUGGUGGCGCAUAGGCAUAUUGACGUAAAGCGUCUAGCAUAUCUUUAUAUAUCAUGAUUUUAAAUAGCACUGCUUAUGUCCAAUUAGUAUAGUUAUCUAAACUACAGUCACCGGCUGAUUCUCAAAAUGCUCCUCUCCAGCCUUCAACCGCGACUGCACGGGAUUUAAUCCAACCACAUUGUCGCUGUGAACGCCUUCAAUCUCAAUGUACGGCCCAGCAUACUUUUUGUUGCCACCAAAAACCCAUGUUCCGCCAGCGACAAGGACCAUGACUAAAAACGCAACAACACAGUAGUUCAUGUUCGUGCCGUUAACGGGUAGCUCGGGAGGGAAGACAAAAAGCACGGUUGUCAGAACAGACCACGCAAUGCCGACCUAGACAUAGUUAGUAAGCAAUCGCCCGUUAUAGUUAUAUUCAGACGGGCAUAAUAAAAACUUACAAUGUUCAAGAUCCAACCAAAGGGCUCGGGGAUUUUGAAAGAUCGGUUUGCUGGGAGCGCCCUGCGGCCCCGGCAGACGUUGAUGGCAGGAGGGAUAGCAUAUGUGACUCCAAGAGCCACCACAGAAGCAGCGGUGAUGGCGCUAAAGGCACUUGAAGAUCCAAGCAGAAUGAGACCAAACACAAUCAUCCAGGCUACAGUCCACAGCACCGCAUUGAAGGGGAGGUUGAGCUUGGGAUCGAUUUUCGCAAAGAAGCUGCUAAACGGCAUACCCUUGUCUCUCGCAAACGCAUAGCUCAUGCGGCUACUAGUGCAGACUAGGGUAGUCGAGGUGAAGAUCAUACAGAGGAGUGGAAACAUGAUGAGACACACGCUGCCGGCCUUGUUGUUUGUGGCCUCGUAGAAGAUUUCGAGAAUUGGGCCAUGUGCAGCAUUCUGAACUGCGUCAAUGUCUUUGACAGCAAACAAGAGAGCGCUUAGGAAGAUGAAACCCGUCACCAUACCGAUUCCGAUGCAGUACAACAUGAUCCUGGGUCCUUGGAUGUGUGGCCGGGGAAUCUCCUCAAUCAUGUGAGCAACAGCAUCGAAGCCUGUGAGAGCAAAUGCGCCUUGCAGCAAGCCAAGCAUCCAGGCGACGCCAGUAGGCCAUCCCGUCGUAUUUACCACCUCGGUGUAUACAAACUUUCCAGAUUGAUAGUUGGGCGACGCGCAGGCCAAGACGGUGAUGCUGAUGACGACGAAUCCUAUAAUUGACCAUAUAAAGGCAGCCUUUGUAAAGUACGGUAACGCUUCGGUCAGGAAUCGAUUGAUCAACAGCGCAAUAAGCGUGAUGGCAAAGUAAAUGAGGAACUGGUGCCAGGCCUUGUCCUCGUACUCCGGGUGCAUCAGAUGGACCGUGCCAAUGAUGAACUGGCUAGCCAGCAGCGGCGCCGUGGCGCUCAAAGCCACCCAUCCGGCAACAUUGAUCCAGCCGGUGACGUAGCUGAUGCCGCGACUCAGGCCUCGAGGGCUUACGAGCGCCGCCCAAUGGUACUGGCCGCCAGCCGUGGGAUACGCCGAGAGGAAUUCUGCUAGCGACGCAGCGAGACACAGGUUGCAAAUGCCUGCGACAAUGAGGCCCCAGAUGAUGGCGCUAGGGCCGCCUGACGAGAUGGCGACGGGAAUAGAGGCGGCCAGAGCGGUCCAUGUGUUUAGGAUGGCGAAGGCAAGACCCAGCAUCGACAGCAUGGAGAAAUUGCGCUGCAGCUCCUGUUUGUGCCCCAUUCGUUCGAGAGUCGCGGCAUCGUGUACUUGGUGAUGGCCCGUGGCCUCCACAGGCUGGCUAUUGCUGUUGCCAGCUCGAUUUCGGACCUCCAUGUUGUUCUUUUGUUAUCUAGCGUACAGUAGAAGAGGGAAUUGACGCAAGAUGACAGUAAGAAGAGAAACAACUCCGAAAAAAAGGAGGGGGAACGAUACUUCAAAGCAAGGGCCGGGG